AUGGCGACCGCAAACGGAACAGAGACAAACGGCACAGAGGCAAAUGGCACCGAGGAAACAACCGUCCAGUAUGAGCCCGUCGGCACCAUCUGCGACGUCCGCAAUCUAUACCAAACCAAGCCCGACGAGAACGACAAAACAUCAUGGAGCAAAGAAAUGCCCAUAGACCUCCCCGAGCCGGCCGAAGACGCCGAAUCAGCCCAAUACGUGCUCCUAGUCCGCAAGACAAAAUGCUACGACGGACGCAAGAGCCUGCAAGUCCACUCAAUCGUGAUCCAAAGCGAGCCUCUGAAGAAAUUCCUUGGCAAAGCACUGGGCAACUACCCAGGCGUGACGACCAGCCUGGAACGCCUCGAGUUUGAAGCUCCCUUCAAGCCCAUCGUCCACCGCUGGGAGGAUAUAACCAAAGCCCGCGAAGAAGAAGAAGACCCAACGACCAAAGCGCACGUGGAUCUCUUCUACAAGAUCAUGAGCGAGGAAUUGAAAGAAGUCAUCGAUCGCAUGAAAGAUCUAGUCGCCAACGGAGUCAUCACCUUCGACCUAGUAUGGUGCAUCAUGGAACCGGAAGACGUGGUCCUCUCUUCACGCGGCGGAUCCCUGCGCGCAUACCAAUUCUCUUCACUGAACCGCACACGAUGUGGAUGGGAAGCUAGCGUCAACUACGUCGAAUUCGACGGCACAGACUUCGGAUUCCAGAGCACUGACUUUGCUAUCGAUACGUUCACGGGCACGGUGCCCAUCACCUCGCUGCGCUUAUUCCCGCUGAAGCACCACAAAGACCAGGAUGCUAUCCGCGCGAUGUUGAUUGCGCGUGGUAAACGAUGGGAGGAGCAUAAGGGGUACCACUACAAGGCGUACGAAGGGCCUGCCAUGAGCCGGACCUGGGAUGACCGGAACAGCGAGGAAAAGGAGACGAAGUACUUCGUCAAGAGCCGGAUUAUCAUCGAUGCGGAGGGAUACAAUAUUUUCCAUCCUAGCACGUCUGUCCGGACGAGUAUCGAAAUCGGGAAGGAGUUGGAGAGUGAUGAACAGCGACUCUUUGCGACGCCCUGGUUGCAUGGGUAUUCUCUCAAGGAUAAGGAGUGGCUUAUGCUGCAUCUGGAGAUGACGAAGGAUAUCGAGUGGGAUGAUGAUGCCUUCAAGUCUUUGGUUCUACCGCAGGAACAGGAGAAUCUCAAAGAUGUCAUCUUGGCUGUUGCCAAAGCCCAAUCUAAGAAAUUGGAUGCCUUUGAUGAUGUUGUUCAGGGUAAGGGUCGUGGUAUCAUUAUGCAGUUGUCUGGUCCGCCUGGUGUGGGUAAGACUCUUACUGCAGAGAGCGUUGCCGAGGUCAUGAAAGUGCCGUUGUAUGUCAUGAGCGCUGGAGACCUGGGAAUGAAUGCCGACAGCGUCGAGAACAGCCUGAAAGACAUCCUGCGCAUGGUUCCAAAAUGGGGUGCAGUCCUUCUGCUCGAUGAGGCCGAUGUCUUCAUGGAAACGCGCGCUGCAACUGAUCUCGCUCGUAACGAGCUUGUUUCGAUCUUUUUGCGGAUGCUUGAGUACUACGAGGGAAUCCUCUUCCUAACUACCAACCGCGCUCAAAACAUCGAUCCAGCAUUCGAAUCUCGAAUCCAUAUUUCUCUCCAUUACAGAGACCUCGAUUCAAAGUCCCGCCGAUACAUCUGGGCCCAGUUCCUGGGUCGGUCGGCUAAGACUGAUACUUUCACUGAUGAACAGCUUGAUCAGGUGGCUGAGGUGGCGUUGAACGGUCGCCAGAUUAAGAAUGUUAUCAAGACUGCCGGGCUUUUGGCUUGGGCGCAGGAUGGGAAUCUUAAGUAUGAGCAUAUUCGGACUGUGCUUGCGCUUAGAGAUCUACCUAAGUAA